CAUUGCCAUGGCAACACUCUUGACCCUGGGCUAGAGGUUUCAAGGGAUUUUCCAAGCGUCAGGCACCCUAGAUGUAGUUCCAUGAGCCAGCCAGACCCAGAAGCUAAGGCCAGAACGUCAAAGACUGGUACUGGAGGGCAGCUUGAGGCCAGCCUUGCAGCAGACACAGGAAACCAGGCAACUGAAUGAGACCCAGAGUCUAAGAACCAGAACCAGUGGGUCACUCCAGCACCAUAGGCAGACACAUGUGAGAGGUGUUCUUUUGGAGCCAGAACUCACUUUAGCCCUUGGUAUCACUCUCAGGUGCUGUGGGGAUGGCACAUCUGCUAGGCAGCCAGUCCUGCAUGGACAGCUUGCGCAAGGACCUCACUGAUCUUCAGGGUGCUAUUGUGGAUGUAUUUUCCCGUGCUGGGCCUGUGCGCUUCCCCUCCUGGAAGUUUCCUGACCGUGUGGCCUGUGACCUUGACAUGGUGGCCUUGCUGGAACACUAUGACCAUGUGCCAGGUGAUCCCGAAUUCACACAGCUGUCCCAUGCUGUGCUGCUAGAGCUGGUCAUUGACAGGCUCUUGCUGCUACUUCAGAGCUGUGCCAGCUACCUGGAGAACCUUGGCUCAGGUCAGACAAUGCCCCCUGCCCAGACUGCAGGGCCCUGCAUGUCCGUGGGGCUCACAGUGCGACGCUUCUGGAACAGCCUGCUAAGGCUGAGCAUGCUCUACCAGCAGAUGGCUGGCCAGAAAAGGGCAAAACAAGGAGAGACUCCCAUCUCUAAGCCCACAGCCAAGGGUGAGCCAGCCAGGAGCCCUGAGUGUGUGACUGCCAAGUUCAUCAAGUCUCCCUCCCCAACGCAAGGCUUGACCCAUACCUACCAAGGGCCACAGAGAAUCCCUGUCAGAGUCUCCUUGAGGUAUCCAGCUGGGAUGUCCAAGAACACCAAGAGUAUCCAGUGUCAGACCAUCGAGACAGCACUGGUACCCUGUGAUGCGUGUACCAGUGUCCAGGGUAGCCUUUGGGAAGUGGGCAAGGUGGUCAUCAGCCUGUGUCAGAGCCAGAACUUGCCCUCAUCCUUGGGUCAGUUCCAGCAACUGGUACAGGACAGCAUGGGACUCAGGCCACUACCAGCUGCCACCAUGGGCCACUGGGCAACAGAGCAGAGCAAAGACCUGGCACGCCUCAGUAAGCAUGUGGGCACCCUUACUCAGCUUGUUGGGCCCCUUAGGGCCCAGCUGGAGGAGGCUGAGGGACAGAAGGAUGGACUGAGGAAGCAGGUGGGCAAGCUGGAACAGGCCCUGCAGCAGGAGCAGAGCGAGCGGCGGCGGCAGGCAGAGGAGGCCAAGCAGCACCUGGCCAAGCGGGACAGUGAGAGGCAGCAACUACUCGCAGAAACAUGUGACCUAAAAACAAAGGUGGCCACCCUGGAGGGGGAGCUGAAGCAGCAGCAGGAGUCCAUGCAAGCCAUGGAAGCAAAGACCCAGCAGCUGCAGGAGGAAAGUGAGCGCAGGGCAGAGGCUGAGAGGCAGGUGCAGCAGCUGGAGGAGCAGGUACAGCUGCUGGCAGGGCGACUGGAUAGCGCUGGCCAGCAGAUCCGCUGGGCCAGCACAGAGCUGGACAAGGAGAAGGCCCGUGUUGACAGCAUGGUUCGCCACCAGGAGUCCCUGCAAGCCAAACAGCGGGCCCUGCUACAGCAGCUGGACAUCCUGGACCAAGAGCGUGAGGAGCUACGGGGCAAUCUGGAGGAGGCUGAGGCCCAGCGGGCCCAGGUGGAGGAGCAGCUGCAGAGCCUUCAGAGCCAGAGAGAGCAGGGACAGUGCCAGCUCCAGGCCCAGCAGGAGCUACUGCAGAGCUUGCAGCGGGAGAAGCAGGACCUGGAGCAGGUGACAACAGAUCUGCAGCUGACCAUCUCAGAACUGCAACGGGAGCUGGCAGAGCUAAGGGAGCGAGAGCGGCUGCUGGUGGCCUUUCCUGACCUACACAGGCCCAUGGAGGCCCAGAUCCCAAACUCUGGCAAUGUCACGGAUGACAUGGAGAGGCAAGUGCAGGCCAAUGACAUCCGCAUCCGGGUCCUGCAGGAGGAGAACAGGCGGCUCCAGUCAAUGCUGUCCAAAAUCCAUGAGGUGGCCCAGCAGGGGGGCCUCAAGAUGAUUCCACAGGACCAGCUCUGGUCCUCGUCCAGCAAGGGAACCCAAGGAGCAGCAUCCCGGGCCCGGGCCCAGAGUGCAUCCCCAGGGCCUCUAGGCAGGUGGCACUCUCCUGGCAGCAGGACAAGCAGUGCAGGCAGGCCCCUGCCAGGCCAGCCACGAGCAUCCCCAUCUCGGCAGCCUUGCACCUGGCCCAGCAAAUCCUCCCUGGAGGACAUGACCCACUCUGCCAUCUGCACCCAGAACCCCAUCCGGACCUUGGCCAAGCUGAGGAGGAGACUGUCACCAAGCCGGGGCCAGGCAGGUUCUGCAAACCAGCCCCAGGAACCACCCUUGUAGGCUAUGGUAGGGGUGGGGAUAGAGAAUGGGUAGCUGACAACUCCCAAUGGAAUAAAGACCCAGCCAUCUAACCAAGGUGAUCUUACAGAUCUUACAGAAUGGCUAAACUGACAAAGAGUCAUUCCUCCUCUGUAUAGGCAGGAGGCUGAGGCCACACCAUGCAGGUCAUUGGCCAGCAGAGACCUGGCCCCACCAGUACGCAGGAGCUUCCUAACUCCCUCCUGAUAGACUUAGGAAAAAGAGAGCCCAUCACAGGCAAAAAGAAGCUUCUAGCACCUGGGCCAGGUGAAGAAGUCUUUCUGUUCCUACAGUAAGGACCAAGGGGUAAACCUGGACUCCGUAACUGGCACCUACUAAGAGGAAGAUCAGAGUGUGGGGGAUGUGGAGGGGAAAGCAAGUGAGGACAUCUGAAGCAAGCAAUGAGUCAAAUGCCAGGAUGCUGGCUCAGGGCUUCCUGAGGCAAACAGAGUGCAGCAGUGCCUUCAGCCUCCCACCUGGCUCUGAUCCUGGAUCUGGGGAUAUUAAGGACCCAAGAACACCAGGCAUCCUUUCAAUAAGGAACUCCUUACCUUUAGGAACUCGUCAUGAAGAUUUCUCUAAGUCCUGGAAGUCAGAGCCUCAGGAGGGCCAAAAAAGGCAAAGCCAGGCCUUAGACACCUUAGCCCUUCAAGUCAGCCACAGAGAAUGGUCCCGGCAUUGAAUCCCCUUCAGGUGUCAAGUGUCUGACUUCCUUUUCUUUUCCACCAGCCAGAGCAAACUCUGCUUUUAACAAGCCCACAUGAAAGUCAGGCUCACUUGAGUGCUUUCCCCACCUUAAAGUCAACUAUGCAUAUAGUAUAAGCUAAUCACAGGGAUAAAAUCCCUUAAGAGUCACCAUUCCAGAGACUAUACAAGGCAUGUUCAUGACAAGGUAGGAAUGGGGGAUCUUAAGGGUCAUAUGAGAAUUCUACCUGCCACCAGCAACAUCCACACAAAUUUUACAUCAUAUUUAAAAUAUAUCCACAUUUAUUUUACUAUUAAAACUUCCCAACCCCAACUCUUAAAAAAUGGAUACCCUUGGAAAAUAUACCACAUUUAUCCUGUGGCUUCAAGUAUCCUGGUCAGCAACAUACAGCCCAACCAAGAACAGGACUGGAUGGUUUCUAAGGCCUCUGGUCCCAGCCAGGCCCAGGAAGGGAGCCCAGCUGAACAAGCAGCAGGACCCAUGGCUCCCAGUACCCAAGGACCGAAGGCAGCAGGCAGUAGAGUCAUCUCUGGGUUUAACAUCACAGCCUUGACCAAGACAUUCUGAAAGGUCAGGCCAGGGUGCCCCAAGGUCAAAGAACUUUUCCAUUAAUCCACCCCCCAAUAAAUAAGCAUAAAACCCAGCUACUAUAUUCUCAGGGAUAUUGAGAGCUCCUAGAGGACUGGGGGCAGCAGCACUGGGCCCCACAUUCUCUUUUCCCAGGGCCCUCGGAGCUGCCUGUGACAAGGGAAGACACAGACAUCCCAAGAUUACAGAGAAGGACCCCAGAGUGACCUCUCCCUUGCCUGGUGGGUCCUGACCUGCAUCCUUGGCCUGGGGCUGCAGGUCUCUCCUUCCCAGCAAGGUCAUGGAGAGGCCCAUAUCCUUCCUUCACCCACAGGAAAUGUCCUGUCCAUCCCAUUGUCCUGUCCCAGGAGUCCAGGCUGAGGGCCAGGGUACAGGUGGGAAAGUUCCAUCCCCACAUCCAGAAUCCCCAGCUAGUCAUCUGAGUAGUGGUUCCCUGCAGGGAAGGAGGAAGAACAUGGAGGAAGGCAUUAGGUGGGGGAUAGAAGGGGUCAGCCAAGGGCCCCACCCCUGGUGCUCACCUAGAACAUUGAAUUUGCACAGCGGGCAAGUCUGCUGGAGAAUCAGCCAGGGGUCCACACAGUCUCGGUGGAACUCAUGCUUACAGGGCAGCACCCGGAGCCACUACAAAGGCAGGGGAGGGCUCAGGCCACAGGGGCAAGACUCCAUAUGGGGGGGCGGCCGGGCAGGCUUACCUGAACUGGGGAACCAAAACCCCCUGGGGCUUGCCCACCCACCACCCCCUCAACCCUAGUUCUGUUUUCUGUAGCCCUGGUAGGGGAUGGAAAGAGAAAGGCCUGGUUGGGGGUGGCUCCAGGUGUCUCAGGACUAGGGUGGAGGACGUCACAGUUCAGCUGAUAGCUGGUCCCGCCCAGGGCACUUACCUGUUUGUUGCAGAAGUAGUCCAGGCACACAGCACAGGUCUCAGUGACCAGUUCUGGGCGGCCCUGAGCUACCCUGCUCAGACGGCAGCGCCGGGUCUUAAGGGAUGCCAGUCUCCGCACUACACGCCGCUUGAACAGGUCCACCUGUCAGGAGAGGACAACCAGAGUCUUGCAGGCCCAAGGUCUGUAGGCACCAGGGCUCCCUCAGUCUGGCUCCCACCUGGCCGCUGGGCUCCUGUUGGCUCUGCCGAGAUGCCUGUCGCUGGGCCUGGACCACAAGGCCUGUGCACAGGAGCAUGGCCACUAGCAGAAUGGCAUUCCACAGCUGCUGCAGAGGCUUCUGGGGAGGGAGGUGGGUGUCAAGGGCGCUGGAGCUGCCCCACACUCCUUCCUAGGAACAUCCACGUCCACAGACCAGCCAGGUGACAUGCACUGAGGGCCUUUGUAUCCCCCAGGCUUCUUGCUUCCUCUUCUGAAGCCUCCAUCCCUCCUACCUGGUGAUUGUCAGGAUCUGCCCCCAGCUAUAUGUGCUUCAUCUGGUUGCAAGGAAAGCCAUAUAUGUCCCCAGCACCAUUCUACCCACUACCGUCUUGCACAUCUCCCUGGCCUGCUUUCUCAGGCACUGCUAUCUCCCACUCCCCUCCAUCCAGGCUGAAUAUCCAUACCCUCAGUCUUGUUGCUUUGCUCUCCUAGAGGUCUCAUGCGCCCCUCCUCCAUCCCAUGACCUUUUGGUCCUCAACCCUGCCCACCCAUUUCCCACAGCUAGGGGAUCUCACCUGCAAACCUGACCCCACAGCACUCUUUCCCUCCUUCACUCACUGCCUCCCUCCUUGUUCCACACUCCUUACUCCUUCAUGUUUGUGCCCGUCCACACACACAUGUUCCCUCUCUCAGGAACUAUUCUUCCUCACUUCUUCCUGAACUUUACUUUUUUUUUUUU